CUGAUUGAGCUGCGUCACGGCUGUUGUCACACACCUGGAAACUGUUUGUAAACGAAGUUGCCACAACAUGCAAGUCUUAUUUAAGAAGACAAAAAGCGAGGGAAGCUGCAGCUGGGAUAGAUUGCUAGAUGGAGGACUCCCAGUUGGUUCUCACCAGCAGCAACAGUAUACUCCCGUCAACGUCGAAAUGACGCGUCUGCUCCCAGGCGACAAAGAAUAAAUCAUUGGAUCAAUGGAUUGAACGGAUACAGUUCUGCAGGAGGGUGAGGAGCGACGCCCUCCUUCAUUGUAAGCCAUUUCUCUUCAGCGGUUUUCCUCCGCCCGUCACUUCACCUUCAAGCUGGCCAGAGAAAUGUGCGAGCACCGCUCUUGUUCUCCGCCGCCUUCCUGCGUCUGACGUUUUCAGAGGAAAUUAAAAAAGAAAAAAACGAACAAAGAGCUCGCAGGGCUCGAGAGAAAGCGAGAACACUUCUUCACUUGUCUUGACUGCCGCUAAGCAUCAUGGGUAGGAAAAAGAUUCAGAUUCAGCGGAUCACCGAUGAAAGAAACAAGCAGGUGACAUUCACCAAACGUAAGUUCGGCCUGAUGAAGAAGGCGUACGAACUGAGCGUGCUGUGCGACUGUGAGAUCGCACUAAUCAUCUUCAACCACGCCAACAAGCUCUUCCAGUACGCUAGCACCGACAUGGACAAGGUGCUGCUCAAGUACACGGAGUACAACGAGCCUCACGAGAGCCGCACCAACGCCGACAUCAUAGAGACUUUGCGAAAGAAAGGCUUUAACGGUUGUGACAGUCCCGAGCCUGACGGCGAAGACUCCAUCGAUCAGAGUCCCUUGAAUGACGACAAGUUCCGCAAGACCACAGAGGACCUAGAUGUUCUCUUUAAGCGCUACGGACAGUCCACGGCUCCGCCACAGACCUUCACCAUGCCCAUCACAGUGCAGGCGUCCAAUCCUAGCCCGCUGCAGUUCAGCAACCCCGGUAACGCGUUGGUAACUACCUCCUACGUGACGGCGUCGUCUCUCGCCGACACCCACCUGCUGUCGCCACAGCAACCGGCUCCUCCGAGAAACACAGUGUCUCCCGGGUUGCCACAGCGACCGGCCAGUGCAGGCGCUCUUCUGGGAGGCGACAUAAAUAAUUCAAAUGGCGGAUGUCCAAGUCCAGUCCCUAACGGCUACACCAGCGCCAGGGCCUCGCCAGGGCUCCUCUCAGUCUCCAACGGCAACAGUCUGGGCAAGGCGGCCCCGGCCAAGUCGCCACCGCCGCCGGCCGCCAGCCCCCAGAUGGUUAGCAGCCGCAAGCCGGACCUCCGCGUCAUCACCUCUCAGGGCGGGAAGAGCCUCAUGCAGAUGACAGAGGAUGAGCUGGAGUUGGUAAACGAGAACGCCCAACGCUUGGCAGUUGGUGCUCAGGUGGCCCAGACCCUGACCACGCCUGUGGUGUCUGUGGCCACGCCUAGCUUACUGGCGCAGGGGCUGCCCUUCUCAGCCAUGCCGACGGCAUACAACACAGAGUACCAGCUGACGAGCGCCGACAUCACGGCGCUUCACGCCCUGGCGUCUCCCGGCGGCUUACUGCCCACCAGCGUGGCGACGUGGCAGCCGCAGCAGCAGCCCGUUGUCUCGCAGCAACCGCAGCAGCAAACGCAACAGCAGCAAAUCAAUCUGGCGUCGCUCAGCAACUUGGUCAUGUGGGGCGUGGACAAACAGAGCAGCGAGCUGUCUAGCCAGGUGUCCAGUCUGGCCGCCAAUCUGAGUCUGGGCUCUUCGUCCAACCUGCUCUUGGGUAGAGAUGAGUGGUUGGGCCGGCCUGUGGCGCACAUACCUCAAGGCGCCAUGUUGACGGUAAACACCAGCAGCGGCAUCAGCAUCAAGUCGGAGCCAGUGUCGCCUGGCCGGGACCGCAGCACCCCUUGCCCUCCGCCAGCGCCGCCGCCCCCGUCCUCGGGCGCCACCCUGGCGGCGCCGCCCCAAUAUCCUGGCUCGCUUCUGUGCCUGGAGCCCCCCACGGGACGCUCGCCCGCUGACAGUGUGAGCAGCAACGCCAGCUCUUUCGAAGGCAGUGACCGCGAAGAUACGGGCGGCGGCGGUGGCCCGAACAACACCACCACAACCACCAUGGUCACGGCCGCCGCGGGGAACGUCGGGCAGGGCCGCUCUGACUUCAGUUCCUCGCCGGAGCAAGAAGGGGGCAACAUCAAGAGGAUGAGAUUGGACGCCUGGGUCACCUAAGCUGCGGCCGCCAGCGCGAAGGGAGGUUCGGACGACACUUAAACACAUCACGUCACGUUGUACACGCCACACGUGAGGACGUUACAUACCGAUGCCUCACCGCGCGCUUUUACAAGAUUUUAGCCUCAGCACCGACACGUCUGCGCAUGUUCAUCCAGGAAAAAGUUGAACUGCUGUUGGUGCCUCAAGAUGUUUUAGCUUUAAUACAAAAGGCUUCUUCACUUCGAAAUCUCAGGUUGUAUCGAUCCCAUCAGAAUUGUGUUUAUUGGCCAAGUAUGUUAGGACCAUACUUGGGAUUUGUCUCUGGUAUUUAGAGCCAUGCUAGUAUUAUAAGAAACAAGCUACAUUUAGGACAAAGAGCCACUUAACCAUGUAAAAAAAAAAUGAAAGUAGUGCAAAAGCACCAAACAAUGACAUCUGAGCAAUUAAUGCAGAGAUGACCCACAAUAUAAAGUGACUUGAAGUGCUGUAACUAUGACAUAGUGACAAUAGUGCAACUGAUGUAGUUGCUUAGUUAUCACAUCAAUGGACUUUUUCAAUUGGGAAGCAGGCGUACAGUCCAGACAGCCGCUAUGAAUGAAUCCCACAAUGCAACAGUUGAGUUUUCCAGGUAUGGAAGCCUCUUGAAUUAACGGUGAAACAUUACCAACUGACAAGAGUCUAGUUGCAUCCAGCCAUUAGUUUUUCACCUCCACAUUCAGCGGACCUUACUACCUGCUUAGCACGGAUUUUGAACCUGUCCAUUUUUCAGCAAAUCCCUCCCACGCUGCAGUUCAUUUUUUGGUUUUCUGGAGCGCCUGGUGCCAACGCCGUCUUGUCCUCGGAAUGCCAAACGAAAGGCGACGCACACGAAACUGAGACUGUCGUCGCCACGCCGUGGUGUUCUCUCUCUGCCGGUACUGGUUCCGAAGGUCCGUCACUUUGUAGAAAAAGUCGCACUCUCCGCCGUGAAACUUUGAUGUCCUCUUAAGCGCACGAGCUAGCCGUCUCCAUCUUUUCUCCAAAGUGAACGGACGUUUUCUAUAUUUCUACCGCUUCCGUUGGCUUUUUGGCUUCAAGCGCGUGUAUGUACAUAUGAGUAUAUUUGCAUAGACUUUGCUAGCUAGCCCUAAAACAAAACACAAAAACCCACAAAAAAAAAAUCAAGUCGACUCAGUGGAUCUGUCCGCUAUUAUUAUUAUUAUUAUAAACAAGCGUGACGUUGAUAUGUUUGGGUAGCGUACCCCACUUAGCGCCUGCUCGGUCGUGUUGUUGUCAUUUUUGCUACACACCCAACACGCACGUUGGAAAAGCAACACAAACACACACACAAUCACUGCCCUCACGUUAGCCUAGCUUAUCAUAUCUAGACACAUUUAUCCCUUUUUCUACGGCAACCAGUAAAGUCGACAGAUUGUUUGAUGUCAUUUUUAAUAGGAAUUGGUUCCGUCGCCAUCAUUUCAGUGUGUGAAUGUGUGUGCACAAGUUCUUUAGUCGAAUUAGAUGAUGUCUACUCUGACCCCAAAUAAUCCCCCCUCCUUAAACACGCCUACUUGUGUGCGGUCACUUGACUGUUAAGCCCACGCGUGGACUGGCAGCGCUUAGUGUUGUAACACUUGAUAAUAUUAAAAACAAAAAAAGACACAAAAAAAAAACGCAGAGCUUUAAAAUGCUAAGCUCUGUUAAGACUGUUAUUGCAUUACCACAGAAUCCACUUUUAAAAGACUCCUAGUCAAAAAAAAUGGCAGGACGGAUAAGUUCCGUCACUCUUUUGUUUUGAUUGGACAAUCACAUUUUCAGAGAUAGGUUGCUCAAAUCUAUAUUGCCAAAUAGUUUACUUUUUUCUCUUAUGGAGUAAUUUUACCAAUUAAGGGUGGAAAACAUGCUUUUUGACAGAUAGCGGCGGUUCAGAGAAUGUUUCAAUACAUCUCAAUCACAUUUGGAGAUACAUGGUUUACAUUGCAACAGUUUUACAGUAAAUUUAAGUUUGUUUUUUUUUUAAACAUGAGAUACAUGCUUUUUAAUGGGGGGAAAAAUCAUUUUGUCAACAAAGCAAUAUAAAAUAUAUCAAAAUAUUAAGAUCAUUUUUCUCAAGUCUGGUUUACAAAUUGAGAAAAUCUCAAAUGACACUUAGACACUUUGACAUUUCAAAAUAUUAAUACAGUGGUCCCUCUACAUACAACGUAAAAUUUUACUUGCUAUUUGUUUCUACAUAUGAGAGCGACGCGUGGCGGAUUUUCUUGGAAAUCAACACAGGUUUCAAAAAGGUUGGUAUAGGUGGUGAAACAAGGAAAAAGGUGAUGCUUGCUUGAAUUGAAGUUGCAAAUGAUAGAAAAAUAUGAGCAUGGGAUGCGCAUCCGUGAGUAGGCUCAACAAUACAGCCGUAGAAUGUCUAUAUCUCCGCGGUCCUUCUCAGACCUCGUUCGCCAGUUAUUAUAAGUUAAGGUGAAAAUUAUUGUUGUGGUAACAUCACCAAAGAAAUCGCCUGCUUCGUCAGGUUAUUAUAAUUUAUUUCAGAACUUGUCCAACACAACAUGCCUACUGUCCGCCGCAGUAGACAGUGUUCUCAAAUACGGGUGUGCCAUCUUAAGCACCACGCGACUCAAUUCGAUUACGAUUCAGGGUGCUACGAUUCGAUUAUUGAGCGAUGAUCAGGAUUAUCGAUGCAUCGUACAUUACUAAUUAAUAAAGUAGCCAAACAAAUUUAUGUCCAUUAUUUUUUGAAAAUAUCCUAAUGAUUCAACAGGAACGACGGAAACAUGCCCAUACAACAAAAAGCUGCCCUUAAACUGCGUUUUUUUUUGUUUUUUUUUUCUUUUUACAAGAAAGUGCAAAAACAUUCAUUUUAAAGGCAGUACGUAUUUCUCAACAUGCCUACAAAAUAAGAUGCAAAAACAUUAGCCGUUUCAAACAGCAGUACUUAUUUCUCUCAACAAUGCAAUAAGUUGAACAUUGGUGGAAUGAGUUCCACUUUUUCUGGAAACAAAGAAAGUGUCUUUAGAAAUAAGACUUCUUUUAACCAAUAUAAUUUGUUUUCACAGAUUUCUGUACUAUUUCGCAUGUUUGUAGUGUUACCGCUGAACUUAAUCCUGGUUUUACACGUUCUGCAUCUGGAAUAACUUUUGUACACCACCAAACAACGAACAACUUGACAUGAGUUGACACAGUACAAGAGGGUUUGUGUACUCACCUAUGAUAGACGGACACGGGACUUAGCAAAACACUAGGGACUUUUUCCAAUUAACACGACUUGAACCUACUGCUGGACAACUGAAAAACAAGGGGCAACAAACUCUCUCUGUUCCCCCCCUCGCUCUAAAAAAAUAGCUUGUGCACAGAAGACCUGUCUGUCUCAUACACAAAUUUAUUAUCCUGUUUUUUGAAAAGGAGUAAAUCUCUCGCUUAUUAACUGGCAACAUCCAUCAUAACGUUGUGCGUGCGUGCGUUAAAGGUGGCCGGGCGGCAGACGUGUCUUGAAUUUCGUUCCGCUACGAGCGGCUGUCAUGACGUUAUUAGGGAAAAUCAUCAUUUUUGAACAUUUAUGAAUCAUAAUCGAAUCGUCACGUGUCUAAUCGCGAUGCAUCUAUUAAUCGAUUUUUUUUGGGCACCUUAUUGUCAACAAAAUAUUAAAAGUGAAAGUAAACUCUCAACCGCACUGCUCCCUCUCUGUCACGUCAGCAUGCAAAACACGUCAGCCACAAUAGAACCAGAUUAGCUACCAUUACAGGAAUCAUUUUUUUAUUAAUAAUUUGUUUUGCUAUCUGUAAUUGCCAUUUGUAAUAGUUCCAGCAGUAUUUAUUAAGGAUUUUGUGUAAGUUUCUGGGCUGUGGGAACAAAUUAAUGGAAUUAUAAUGUAUUCUUAUGGGGAAAUCCUGCUCGACAUACGACCAUUUCGACUUACAAACAAGGUCAUGGAACGAAUUAACUUCGUAUGCAGAGGUACCACUGUAAAAUAAUUGCAACUUAACUGAUUGGGUGUCAUUUGCCGUCACUGGCAGUGAAUGAGUUAAAGAUGUGAUGGCAAAAAUGAUGCUGUCCAUUGAACUGCAUGUAUGUUAUUUUUUUUCCCCCAAAAAAUAUAUUUAAAAAAUUGUGGCCCUUAAUAUUUAUUGGCCAAUUACAGAUUUAACCCGUUUUAUCCCAAUUUUUUCCAGACAUCCUAACCAGAUGUCAUUGGUAGCCUCUUUGUCAUCAAUAAUAAAGGUUUUUUUGGUCAUUAUUGGGACUAGUGGGUUCAAAGAGUUAAACAAUGGCCGGCUGCAAAGUGACACCAUCCCAACUGGUCGAUCCUGCCCUGUGUAAGUCAAAUGACAAUAUACACCACACUUGGACCCCUGUUACUUGUCAUGUACGAUGCUGUUAUUUUAUUUUUCAAAUCAAUUUCUUUGUGCUGGUUCAGUGCAGCUCCAAACAGUUAAAACGGAGCUUUUUGGUUUGUGUAGCUUGUAAUUCUGGACCCCUAUUUUUGUCACCGACAUUCAAACUGGUUUCCUUUUUGUUCAAAGCAACUUGCACGAUCGGACAAUGCGGUAUUAGCAAAUGCAAUAAAAGGAACGUACCAGUGAAAUGCUGCAGUUUUCAUCCAGAUAUAGAAUAUAUUUAUAAAGACAAAUUGGUGGAAUUUGAAAUGUGUUUAGACGCAUGGGACGCAGGUAAGCGAUAUGUCACACGCAGUCAGAAUGAUGUAGCAAAUAAAAUACUAAAGAUGAAAUUUAUAGCUAAUAUAUUGUGUUGAGCUAGUCUGCUAUGGGUUUUGAUGUAAAGAUGUUUUGCCGUUUUGUUUUUCUUGAACGAUAUACAGUUUGUGUAUAUUUUCAUAUACAAAAGUAUGCACUGAUGUUAUUGAAAUUCUAUACCGCUUUUACAGAAAGUGUUUGUUGUACCAAAGUAUCCAAGUCCCUUGAAACCUUCUCCUUUUUGCGUAUGUUUUACUGUAUUUUAUAUAUUAAAUGACAAACGGAGUGAAGUUCA